AUGGAAAGCAUAAGAAGAUACCAGUGGAAUGGCUCUCUUAAUAUUGAGGUUCUAACUGAUUCCGCAAUAGUUUUAGCGGGCACGCAAGAAGAGAAGUGCCGUGUCUCCUUCAGAAUACCGAGAGAUACAUACCUUACAAUAUAUUUACCCUACAUCCUCGAGCGGCUGGAGGAGAUAUUGAAGAAUAAUGUGACAGACCGCUACAAAGGAUGGUGGUUUAGCUUCGACCAAGUACCUCUAGAUUGGACAUAUCCUAUAGGCGUGCUCUAUGAUUCCCUUGUGCAGUUGGACCCGUCCUUCAGAAAUUCAACAAUGACAAGUGACACCGUUAAUGUGUGGAAAUUAGUGAUACACCACGACGAAAAGCUGCCCCCGGGAAUCAUUCCCAUAAUAAACGGUAUGAAACAAAUCCAAGAGUAUUGGAUGCAUCAAUGGAAGCAAGCCUGUUUUGUUCUCAACGGGUCUUCAAAGCAGAUAAUGUCACUGGCGAAAGCAGAUUCGAUGAGCUUUUGGUACAGCAUUUUAAACAGAGAUCAAAAGACGUUUGACCGCAUUUUGGAGAAGAUAUUGCAAAACCGCGAUACCGUAAAAAAUAUUCCAUUGAAGAUUCAUGUAGCAUCCUCUGAGGUCAAAUUGAUCGAAUCCAUAACAAACGCAUCCACAUACGAUCCCAAACUAACUCUUAACGACAUUCUUCGGAGGGCAUGUCCUCAAAUAUUUUCAGCAGAAGAGCCGAGUUGUUUCGCUAAACCUAUCGUGCAGGGUAUCGAAGUGCCACUUGAUUCAUUAAUCUUAAACCUCUUCAAUUGCUUCAUGAGUUUUGAUGGGUUUCUUCACGUCUCAGUAUCCCAAGUGAAAAAAUAA